AUGGGUGUUACUAAUUUGUUUCAUAAACCACUUCAUUUUGAAUACUAUGUUUUAACAGUUUUGUUAAAUGAAGUAUUUGAACAGUAUUUGAAUUUCCGCCAAUAUCGUUUCAUUAAGCGAAAUUUAUCUGGAGACAGAUCUCUUUCCGAUAGAAAUAAAGUCUCUGAUAAAUUAUACAAGAAUACUUUAAAUUCGUUAAAUGUUUAUUUAAAUUCUGACGAAUAUCAUAAGACUGUGGAAUAUUCAUAUGACAAACUGAAGUUCCAAGUUUUUAGUUCUCUUUUUCAUUCGGCGUUCGGUUUAGUUCUUUUAUUUUAUCUAUUUUCUCCAAAAGUUUGGAGAUUUUCAGGAGGACUAUUUAAGAAAAAUAACGAAUAUGUGCAAUCCCUCGCCUUUUGUGGAUUUAAAUUACUAUUUGACACAGCUGUUGAUCUCCCAUUUAGUCUAUAUUCAGACUUUGUACUAGAAGAAAAACACGGAUUUAAUAAGAAAACAUACAAACUAUUCGUGAAGGAUUUGUUGAUUACGCUUUCACUUGAAGUAGGACUGGGAGGUCCAUUCUUGGCUGCUGUUAUAUUUUUGGUCAACUGGGGAGGAGAACUGUUUUAUUUCUACGUUUUUGGAUUCAUCGUUGUUUUCAACUUCAUAAUGAUUGUCAUUUAUCCAGAGUUGAUUGCUCCUCUUUUCAAUAAGUUUGAGCCUCUAAAGGAUAAGGAAUUGAAGGAAGAUAUUGAAACACUUGCUAAAAAACUAAAAUUCCCUUUAAAGGAAAUAAAACAGAUGGAUGGAUCCAAAAGGUCUGGACAUUCUAAUGCCUAUUUCUACGGAUUGUGGAAAUUCAAAAAGAUUGUUGUUUAUGAUACAAUAUUGACUCAAGAUAGAAAAGAAAUCCUUGCAGUUGUUUCACAUGAAUUAGGACACUGGAAACACAAAGAUUUUUACGUCAGGGUCUCCUUCUCAUUUGUGAACAUAUUUGCAAUGUUUUUUGUCUUCAAAAUGUUCAAAGAUGACAAAAAUAUGUAUAAUAGUUUCGGAUUCCAUGGAGUUAACGCAUUCGUAAUAGGAAUCACCUUGUUCUCAAAUGUGUUCACUCUUGUUGGAAUCUUGAUUAAUGUUUUAAACGUAUUAAUGACAAGAUACCAGGAAUACCAAGCUGACAGGUUUGCCGUUAAUUUAGGUUUAGCUGAUGACCUAAUUAAAUCCCUCGUCAAUUUACACAAAGAUAACAAGGCCAUGAUCUACAAUGACCCAGUUUAUUCAUGGUAUCACUACACACAUCCAGUUUUAUUCGAACGAAUCUACGCAAUUUAUCAGGCUCUCGACAAAUAUAAAAAGUAA